AUGGUUCUUAGAAAGGGAUUGCUCAUCGUUAACCACCAGGAGGGUUCUAACUGGGAAACAUCGUUAAGUAUGGAAAACGCUCGCUCCAUCAUAGCAAAAUGGGACCCACUUCCCAACGGCAGCGAAAACAAAGACUCAACUCCUCUCUUCACUAACACGCGCCAAGAAGCCAAACGGUACCUUAACGCCGUUUCAAAUCUACAUUCCGCUAUGCAACACCUCCUCACACUGGAUUCCUCCUCGGACCAGCUCGUCGAGGCUUGUUCCCUGAUGCAAGUCGCCAUGAACAGGCUCGAGAGAGAGUUAUAUCGUGUAUCGGCUGAGAUUAGGGACCAUGUUGACGAUGAUAAUAUUCGCCAUGCUGCUGCCAAGGAGGAUUUGAAGGCAAUCGUGGAGUGUAUGUUCUUCGCUGGAUAUGGCAAAGAGUGCGUCCAGAUUUACUCCAAGGUCAGAAAGUCCAAUGUCACUGAGGCACUGCAGAAUCUCGGAGUGGAAAAGCCUAGGCUCUCUAAGAUGAAGAAGAUGCAGUGGGAGAUGUUCGAUUUUAAGAUCAAGACCUGGCUCAACGCCGUCAAAUUCGCCGUCGGAGCUCUGUUUCCCGUUGAGAGGAGUCUCAUUAACCAAAUCUUUCCCUCAUCGGAGAACACGACCGUAGUCGAGUCCUGCUUCGCGGAGAUUUGCAAAGACGGUGCCGAAAUGUUGUUUCUGUUCCCUGAAAUCAUAGCAAAGUGCGAGAAAACGCCGGAGAAAAUGUUCCGACUACUCGAUCUCUACGAAGCACUCUCUCAAAAUUGGCCUAAAAUCAAGGACAUAUUCUCAUACGAAUCAACCUCAAGCGUAAGGUUACAAGUCGGAGUUUCACAUAUGAAAAUCGGCGAGGCCGUUAGAGCAACGUUAUCGGCCUUCGAAUCGGCGAUUACUAAGGAGUCAUCAAAGACGCCGGUCCCCAGCGGCAGGAUCCACCCGCUCACUCGCUACGUCAUGAACUACAUCUCAUUCCUAGCCGAUUACAGCGACGCGCUCACCAACAUACUCAUCGAUUCGCCAAAGACUCCCAUGCCGGAGUCCUACUUCCGGACACCGAAGCUCCCGGCGAAAACUCCAGCGCCUCCGGAGCUGGCGGAGCGGCUGGCGUGGGAGAUUCUUCUGCUGCUCUGCAAGAUCGACGGAAAAGCAGAGCUCUACAAGAACGUGGCGCUGGGUUACCUGUUUCUUGCGAACAACAUGCAAUACGUGGUCACAAAGGCGCGGAACACGAAACUAGGUUCCAUCCUGGGCGACGAUUGGCUCGCGAGUCACGAUCAAAAGGUGAAGGAAUACGCAUCCAAGUACGUGAACAUGGCGUGGAGUAUGGUGGAGAUGUCUCUGCCGGAGAAUCCAAAAGCGGCGAUGCAACCGGCGGAAGCUUCCGCCAAGUUCCAUAUCUUCAAUAUGGCGUUCCAGGAAGCGUGCCAGAUGCAGUCCACGUGGAUCGCACCUGACCUGAAACUGCGGGAUGAUAUCCAGAAAUCGGUUGUUUCGAAGCUGGUGCCUAAGUACCGGGAUUUCUACGAGACGAAUCGGGUCGGGUCGGAUUCGGUUAUAGCGUUCUCACCCGAUGAUUUGCAGAAUCAUAUUUCUUUUAUUUUGCAUGAUGUUGAAGAUCCGGGCAGCAUUACUACCCAUUUUUCUUCCUUUCUUCGAUAG